AUGGCUGAAUUUCAAAAGCGCUGGGUCACUCACCUCCGCAAUAGCUCUCGUCAGGAGCCUUCUGAGCCUAAUCUCAGCUGUCCCUCCUGCGCCGAGGACAUUUUGCCCGACAUCGAAGCUUUUCGCGUCCAUGUUCGCGCCGAUGAAUCCAAGCACCCGACACUCACUGGAGACGCCGACAUCAUCGAGGCAUUUAGAAAAAUGGCCAUCAGUCCACCCAGCCAAAGAUCGGGAAGCACUUCGUCCCAGUCCGCAAAUGCCACAAAACAGGUAGAGGACAAGGAUCUCACUACCAGUGGGAAAGGUGACCACCAGAUGAAAUUUGCCCAGCGGGAAGCUUCUGUCUCUUCAAAGCACAAGAAAGCGCGAUCGCCAUCCUCGUCUCUCGCCCCGGCUUCGUCACCUCCCACCACGCCCGGUCGCUCUUAUCGCCGCAGCGGUGUUGCUAGUGAUUUUGAUCGUGGCGAUGCAGCCAAGAAUGUAACUGGCCGACAGCUUUGGAACCCACCGGAUGAACCUAAGAGUCGAGGUUCCCGCGCCAAGGCUUCGACACCGAGGCGAGCAAGGCACAUCAACCGCCCUUCUUCGAUGGACCAGCCUGUUGUCCCUGAAGUGCACCCAGCCGAUAUGACCACUAUCCCUGACUUCUCAUUUCUCCGGCAACCCGAGACACGGCCCAUCUCCAAAGAGCAGUUAGCUCAGGAAGUCACAGGCAUUGAGGAAGGUCUGAGGCUGGUCGAGGCUAAGUGCAUGGAACUAAGUGUUUCUCCAGAGAAGAGGAUCCCGCAAUCUCAAAAGCUCAGCGUAGAGCAAUAUCAGAAACUUAUCGGCUUACAUCGAACACUGCUACACGAACACCAUGAUUUCUUUCUCGCUUGCCAACAUCCGUCAGCUAAUGCAGCGCUUCGCCGCCUUCCCGCCAGGUAUAACAUGCCUGCGCGCAUGUGGCGCUACGGCAUCCAAUCAUUUUUGGAACUCCUUCGCAAAAGAUUGCCCGACUCGCGGGAACAUAUGCUCACGUUUAUAUGUAUUGCAUAUAGCACUAUGACACUUUUAUAUGAGACUGUGCCUGGUUUUGUGGGAACUUGGAUCGAAUGUCUUGGGGAUCUAAGCAGAUACCGUAUGGCUAUUGAGGACGAUGAUAUUCGGGAUCGUGAGACUUGGACUUCCGUCUCCCGAGCUUGGUAUUCAAAGGCUUCAGAUCGUUCACCAGAGGUUGGGCGGCUUUAUCAUCAUCUGGCUAUUCUUGCCAGGCCCGAUGCCCUACAGCAGUUAUAUUACUAUAACAAGUCACUAUGCGUCCCGGCUCCCUUCCCGAGCGCCUGGGACAGCAUUAUGUCGCUUUUCAAGCCAAUUUUGGGAAGGACAACCUCGCUAGAUUCAUCCGACGGGGAGUUUGUCAGAAUUCAUGCCAUCCUGUUUUCUGGACUUAAGCGCGAGGAACUAGAGGACUCUAUGGCCGAAUUUCUUGGUACUCUGGAUAGGAACAUCGCGGAAAGGAACAAGGACUGGCUCCAUUCAGGCUACUAUAUAGCUAUCUCUCUCAUCUGCUCUCUUCUCGGUUACGGCGCAACUACCAACCCCCUCAAGGUAGCUCUCUUAGCCGGUGAAAAAGCUGAUGCGCCUGCUGCACCAGCCCUCGAUCCUGCAGCUACGAAGAAUGUUAUCGACGAGGCCACUGCCGCCAAAACAUUUGAAACUGCAAGAUCGUUUGUCAUGCAAACAUGCGACAUUGUUUUCUGGCGCAAAGCAGAUAUCAACUGUCUUCCCUUUUUUCACACAAUUAUGGUCUUUUUAUAUUAUUUGGCUCAGCACCCUAAAGCCAUGUCACUCGUUGCGGACCAUGUUCCAUGGAAACGCGUCGCCGACGUACUUAACGAGGCUUAUCCUGCCCUAAUGUCGAAGCCGAGAAUGGCGAAUGCAGAGUUUCCACGGCCGCCACGCAACGAGCCUCUGCGUCCACUAGCAGAAGAUUAUGAGACUUGA